UUAUGUCAGAUUGAGAUGAACUCUAGCUCGGCGAGCGCGCGCUCCGAAAGAUGGCUUCGUUCCCGACAAGAGAACGGCUCGGAGAAGCCGAUUUGUUUUUCAAAAUCAUCCUUCUGGGAGAUGCUGGAACCGGAAAAACAUCAUUGAUGCUCAAGUACACACAAUCUGAAUCACUUGAAUCCAGUCGUUACGAACAUUCCUUGGACACAUCGAGUAGAAUCGUUCGCCGAGAUGAUAAGUCUAUCCAGCUGGAUAUACGAGACACUGCAGGCAUGGAGAGAUAUCGAAGCUUGACCAAAUCUCACUACAAUGGAGCGAAAGGAGCCCUCAUUCUGUUUGACCUCACGGAUGAAAAGAGUUUUUCUAAUGUCGCGCAUUGGUUGGAAGAUCUUGAGCAGUACACAGACCGUCCAGACAGAGUACAGGUAAUAAUGGUGGGAACACGGUGCCACAAGAAGGACCAAAGAACAGUCCCUGGCGACAGAAUCACCAAAUUGGCCGAACACCACAAUGCCACAUCGAUAGAAAUCAGCGUGGAAGAAGAUAUAAAUAUAACAGAGACAUUUGACGUGCUUGUGGAUAGAAUACUGAGCUCUCAUCCUGAACUCAGAGGAGCUGACCAGCCCAUCUUCCUAGCGACGUCAUCAGAUGAACAUAAAGAACUGGACUUUAGUUGCACACAGUGCUGCCCCAUCGGAUUCAAGCCAAAGGAUUCAGGAGGCGGUGGAUAAUGAAGAGUAUUGUCUAGUGUAUUCUAAAAUUGUGGGGACACUAGCUCUUUCUAGGGGAAAUAAAGAGGGAGGGAGGGAGAGAGAGAGAAAGAGAGAUAGAGA